AUGGUCAAGGCCGGUGCGGCCAUUGUGAACCUCUCCAAUGUCCACCACCACCAACUCUCGGCCAAGGAAAUUUAUGUCGUGAGAGAGGAGGAAUCAAGGAGUGAGAGCAGCAAAAUGCCGAGAAACAAGUACCCGAAGCCACUUGUGUUCCAUGACGGAAGACUGGCUUUUCUCCCGACGCCAUGCGAGAUGAUGGCGUUCUUCAUGUGGAUACCCGUGGCAAUCCCUUUGGCCGUGUUCAGGAUCGCGAUGGGGAUCGUUUUCCCUUAUAAAAUAUCCAUCUUCAUCGCCGCUGUCACCGGAAUCCGAUUCCGGAGGGCCGGAGAUGGGAAAGCGAACGGGGAGAAGAAGGGGGUGGUGUACGUGUGCACGCACCGGACGCUGUUGGACACGGUGAUGCUGUGCUCGGCGCUGGAGAGGACGGUGCCGGCCGUGACGUACAGCCUGAGCCGGGUGUCGGAGGCGUUGGCGCCGAUGCGGACUGUGCGGCUGACCCGGGACAGGGGACGAGACACGGCUAUGAUGCGGCGACUGCUGGCGGUGGAGGGGGGCCUGGCGGUGUGCCCGGAGGGGACGACGUGCCGGGAGCCGUACCUGUUGCGGUUCAGCCCGCUGUUCGCGGAGGUGGCGGAGGAGGUGGUACCGGUGGCUCUGGACGCGCGGUGUAUCGUCUCCAACACUGCGGGGAUAAGCUGCAUCGUUGGAGAUGCCUUUAAUGGGGUUGAAGGCACCUUCAGCUGUCCAUAA